AUGGCAUCGCUUAUCUCCGUCACGUUGGCUCGCUUGAAGGCGAUAUCGGCCGCCAGGACCAAGGUCUUCGCUUACAGAUCACUCAGUACCACGUCUUCCUCGGUCCGUUACGAACGCAUCUCACCUUUCGGACGUCUGCUCACAUGUCCGUUCCGCCCUAAUCGCCGCCGCAGCUCCAUUCUCGCACCCCAUUGUACGAUUUCCACGUCAGACACCAGGGAAGGAUCGUGGAGUUCGCAGGAUGGGACAUGCCGCUGCAUUAUGCGGGCCAGGCGACAGAGGCGAUCGCCGGUGGACCCGGUCAGUGCCCUUCCCCCCCUUUCUCCGCCCUCCUCUGCUCAGCAUCGACCCCCCAGGCAGCCGCAUAUCGCACUAUAACACGCUAUUACGCGCAUUUGUCUGUGUCACCGUGUGUGCUAGUCGGUUGCCACGCGCUAUUCGUCAUUGCGGACUGGUCGCUUGAAGGCGGCCACGCAAGCAACCCUCCCCUCCCCCACAUAGCCACAAUCUUCGCCCAUCCAUCCUUUCUGAACCGGGUGCUAGCACCGUUAUGAAUGCCCGUACAGUCGCUGAGCAUCACCAAGUACGCAAAUCGGCGGGUCUCUUUGAUGUUGGACACAUGAUCCAAUCGACGUGAGUAAGGUCUUGCUACGCACGCGCUUCUAGGCAGUGAGAUACGACUCCCGAGCUGACGAACUGACGAACGUCGUUCCCCUGCGCCGCUUUUCGCCGGCUGCCUGACAGCUAUACUGGUUCCGGCGCGCUGGCCUUUUUGUCCAACCUUCUUCCCGCCUCGCUUGUGUCGUUGCCCAUACCCAAGGCGGAUAACGGCGUGAUGCGCUCAACCUUGAGUGUCCUGCUCAACCCCGAGGGCGGCAUCAUUGACGACUGCAUGGUCACGCGUUGGGGCGAGAACAGGUAGACACAGCGACUGCGGCUCUCUGACCUGUGCAAAUCGUCACUGCCGACCCAGCUAAUGAAGCUUUCGUUGUCGUGUAUCGUGACAGCUUCUAUCUUGUCACCAACGCAGGGCGCGCCGAUAGGGAUAUGGCCUGGAUCCAAUCCAAUCUCGAGACGUGGAACCAAAAUCACGCCGAUAAGGUAGAGAUGAACAUAUUACGAGAUGCUGGUCUCAUUGCUCUGCAAGGUGAGGCUCGGGCCAAAGUUUGUUCGUGCAUGAAGCUCGAGCGCCUCGCUGACAGCAGCUUUGACAAUUUCAAACCGGCAAAGGGCCCAAGGCGUUUGAAGCCUUGCAACGCCUCGUUCCCAAGGAUUACUCCCUCCAGUCUGCGCUUCAGUUCGCGUCUUCGGCUUUCAUCCCCAUCCCGUCGCUUUCGAACGAGGCAUUACACGUCACGCGUACAGGUUACACAGGGGAGGAUGGCUUCGAAAUAUCGGUCCCCAAAACAUCACAGGUCGACUCCUUUGCGGAGAUGCUUUUGGAACAACCCGAGGUGAAGCUUGCCGGGCUAGCGUGCCGGGACAGCCUGAGGCUCGAGGCGGGCCUUUGCCUAUACGGUCACGAUUUGGAUGAAUCCGUUGGGGUUGGCGAGGCUGGGCUGGGCUGGGUCGUUGGUGAGUGUGUCGGUGGCUCGCCAACCGAGAGCCCCGGCUGACGCGUGGCAAGUACGCAGGGCGUGAUCGUCGUGAACCCGGCUCGUUCAUUGGAUCCGAACGGACUUUGGCCGAGCUGAAGAAGGGUGGGACCAAGCGGAAGCGCGUUGGCCUCGUUGUUGAGAAAGGCCCACCAGCCCGAGGUGAGCGGUUGGGAUGGAACCUUUCAGUUUAUUGUGGAGUAUUGCCUGACCUCGGACAAGAGAACACGUAGAGGGCGCCAAAAUAUUCACGUCCGACGGCAACACCGAAAUCGGCGUAGUGACUUCGGGCUUGCCCGCUCCAACGGUCGGCCAGAAUAUUUCAAUGGGCUUUAUUCAGACGGAAUCUGGUCUCAACACGAAGGGAGCCCAAGUUCUGGUCCAAGUGCGCAAUAGAAUGCGCAAGGCCGAGGUAACCUCGAUGCCCUGGAUUACUCCUGGAUACUACCGAGGAUGA